AUGCAUCAGGAACCGAACAUAAGCUUCUACCGAGAAAGAUAUUUCCUCUCUCCGACGACAAAACAGGCCUACGACCCAUCAGUGUCUGAUUUGCUCAUUGUUCACAUUUGCCUGCUUUGCUUAUGUAUCCCUCACCGCUUUAAGAAGGACACACAAAGGAGGUUCAAUGACUUUGGAGCUGACGGUGGUCCAGCAGCUAAAGAGUUGACUCAAAAGCUUCAUCUGACCAAAGCACAUCUCUCUUCCAGAUUAGGAGUUGCAUUACCCGACAUUGAGGUGAAACAAGUGGUAUGGGCAAUUGUUGCUCUGAAAGGACUCGGAGGCUUACUCUUUGUUGUUGGCAACAUCGUUGGUGCCUAUCUUCUGGCUUUCUACUUGGUGGUUGUUAGUCCCAUCUUAUAUGAUUUCUACAACUAUGGACCUGAGGACCGCCAAUUCUCUCUUCUAUUGACUGAGUUCUUGCAGAGUUUUGCGCACUGCUAUUCUUUAUCGGAGUGAAGAACUCUACGAUGACGUCCUCCAAGCAGAACAUUAACAAGAGGACACCCCCAAGCCUAAAGCUGCUUAAGAGUUGUUCUAUUCUCUUCCACACACAGAGGCUUUAGAACAGCUUGUUAUUUCUUCAAACAUUGUUAUUCGUUACAAGUUUUGCUUCUUUUUCUACCGUAGAACUCUAGAAUUAGCCAGAUUUUGUAAUUUUUUCCCCUUCCAUUUUU